AUGUCUUCUCUCGAUAACAAGAGAAAUUGCAUGGGAAAUGAAAUCACACAAAUCAUUCGAUCGGAACGAUUCGAGCACAAAAUUUGUGGAAUGACUUCCUCGUUGGUGCGAUUACUGAGAACACUCAAUUCAUCAUCAUUUACUACUUUUCAAUCACAACAUCAACAACAAGAACCUUCCUCAGCCUCAGAUGAUGACAUCUUUCAGCCAUUGAUCUCAAAAUUAAGAGACUUGUUGCAACGACAUUUUGAAAAAUGUCAUGAUAAUAAUAAUUCGAAUCCACAGAACAAUCUCCCAAACUCUUGUUGCUCUGAAGGCAACAUUUGUGAAGAGGAGAAUGCACAAGUAAAUGUUGGUUUUGCUUUUGGAAAUGUGGCAAAAACUCUCUAUGCUCAUAAUGUGAAUUUGAAUGAAAAUGAUGUUUGUGUGUGUUUGAUUAUGGAUAGUCAGCUCGAUAUUGAUUGUAAAAUGGUCACAGCUGUGAGAAAGAAUUCUUCCUUAGUGAGCUCGAAUGACAAGUCCAUCAUUUGGAAACUCUUGUACAAGUAUUCCUUUCAAUAA